AGUAAGAGGGAAGAGGCCAUCGAUCCGAGAGGCCGGGGGGGCGGGGCUGCGGUGGAAGCGAUGCGGUACAACGAGCGGGAGCUGCUGUUGCUCUCCCGAAAACCGGCCGAAAAGGCGGCGGAGGUUCUCAUGCGCGCCCCCAAGAAAGGAAGCGCCUUGAAGAAACGCCUGGUGAAAUUAGUGGUCAAUUUCCUCUUUUAUUUCCGAACAGACGAGACUGAGCCCAUUGGUGCUUUAUUGUUGGAACACUGCAAGAUCAGCAAAGAAGAAGGAAAAAACGUCUUUUCCAUCAGCUUCCAUGAAGAGCCAGAGAGGAAAUACUACUUUGAAUGUGAUACAGAAGAACAAUGCCAGGAAUGGAUUGACGUCCUUCGCAAGGCCAGUUACGAAUUCAUGAGAAGCAGCUUGAUCUUUUAUCGGAACGAGAUCCAGAAGAUGACAGGGAAGGACCCCUUGGAGCAAUAUGGCAUCUCAGAGGAAGCACGUUUCCAGCUGCGGGCACGGAAGCUUUAAUCCACGUAAGGUGAACACAGGAACUCCACGGCUGAAAUGUCGACAAGAGUUAAUUCUCUAUUUUUUUUACGAACUUAAGGGAGGGGAAGGGAAUGUUUCUUUUUUUAAAAAAAAACACUGUCCACACACGCUGUAUUUCUUCUGCUCCUUUGUGAUCUCGGUUUUGCGACUACCGAUAGCCACAGCUACAAUGAAGAUUAUUGAUAAGGAGGAUCAGUUUUGUGGGUUAAUUGAAUCAGUUCUGCCUCUCUUAUGUACAGGUACAAAGAACAAGUUGUAAAAAUAAAGGAAAUGGGGAAAGGGAGCUUCAGAUUUGGAAGGCCUCGGUUUUAAUUCUCUUUCCAAUCCUCUUUGGCAAGGCAGUGAGGUUUUAGUGGCAGAUGGCAGAAUGUGUUGUCCAUCAGCAGAGAUGAAUUUAAUAGGUACACCAGCUCUGCAGUGUUCACUCCCAAAUCCUCCCAAACCUUUGUCAGAUGGUCUUCCUACCAUCUCCCUGCAUUGGGUCUAAUUAAGCAUUUGAGUCAGAUUGGAAGAACAGAUCUAAUACGGUAUCUGUCUCUUCAGGAGUUAUUGCAAUCCAUCAUGAAACUUAACGUGUUUCCCCCAAAUAAGCGCUUGGCCUUAUUUUGGGGGAGAUCUUAUUAUUUUUGAGGUGCAGGAGGCGGUGAGCGU